GAACGGUACAAACAUACAGGAAGUGGCUUUCAUCGACCGAGCCGUCCCAGUGUAGCUAAACACAAGUAACUAGCUGAAAACUACACAACACUGCAGUAUAAGUCACUGUAUGAACUGCAAGCUAAGAGCUAAGAGCUAAGUCUACAGAGGCUGUGACGCAUUUACGUUUUACGUUUACCUGCACGCGCUUGCCAGCUCGUUAAACGGUUGCUAAGCAAAGCUAAGGCUAGGCUAGGCUACUAGCAAUUUCUAGCAACCCCACAACCAAAACAACCAGCGAUGGAUAAUUUCGAAACACCAUACGACGAAGAGGCUGAAUUUAUUGAAUGCGCGGUGUGUGAGAAAUCCAUAAGGGGUGAGACCUUGUUCAAGAUACACCUGACUACACCAGGACAUAUAAAGAAAGAGGAUGUCCUAGUCGCUGCGGGGCAAACUGUCCGGCAACAUACCGUACCGGUAUUUGAGGGCAUUAUACAAUAUUUGGAUUACAUGAAGCUUGAUGAGCCCAUCAUUGGUUUGAGCUAUCUGGAUGAAGAGCCUUGUAAUGACCCACAAGGAGGCCCCAGAUACACAUGUAGGCUCUGUCAUCAGACUGCAAACCUGGCAGAAACAGUCCGCCAUGUGAUUGGACGUAAACACCGGCAGAAAUAUGUGGAACUUAAACGUCCAGACUUGGUGACCUGGGAUAAACAGUCCAUAAUAACCCAGGGAGGGAAGAUCAUACGAGCCAGAGCAGAGAUAAUAGAGCGACAGGAUGGACGAGGAAGUCCAGUGGUGUUGAAAAAAGGAAUGGAGGGCAAAUUAAACACAACAAAAGUUCCCCCAUGGCAGAAACAAAAUCGAAGUAUCUCACACAGUUUGAGCCAAAGAGAUGUGCCGUCUCACCUACCACCACUCAUGGACUAUCAGAAAGAGUUCUCUCACCAAGGAAGGCUACCCCUAGGUAACACGAAUAAACCACCAUUUCAUCCAGAAGACCCUUACAUGUUGAACCGAGACAGACAGAUGCACCGGGAGGACACGCUCAGCCGUGACCUCAUGGACGAGGAGCAGGGGAGGAAAGAUUUCAGGGAAAGUGAUAUGUACAGACGAGACUAUAUGGACCCUGAUUAUCGUAGGAAGUAUGAAGAGGAAUAUGUAGAAGAUCCACAAAGAAGAGACGCAUUUCAGUCCAGUGGUGUUCCCAGGUAUGAUUCAAGGGCAGAUAUGCCCCGUGGCCAGGCUCAGCAUGCAGAGUAUUACCCAGAACAGGCUCCUCCUCACAGAAAGGCCAACCCAGAAAGAGACCUGCUGAAGGAGUUCUACUCUGAGGAAGUUAGACGUGGCCAAGGUCAUUCUGCAGAAUAUCAGUCCUCGCAGCCGGUGUACGGUGGUGAAGGUGAUAACCGUCAGUGGUCUCUGGACAGACAAUCUGGUCCACAUGACGGUAUGACUAGAGCAGGUAGACAGGGAUCAAGUGAACCAGAGGCCAAGAGGAGGAGUUUUCCCACACCUAUGAAGAGUGACCAGCCGCAUGACCAUUUAUUCAAUGCAAUCAGAGAUUAUUGCCAUGAAAUGAGAGAACCACAGCAAGACGUUGCCAGCUCUGGGCUGAGCAGAACAGGACUCCCAAACUCUCAGAGACAAAUUGAAGUUACCAGGGCCAUUCCUGACAUCCCAGAGCCAUUCAGGCGCUUCCUGAAAGGGGCCAAUGAUGAGGGACAGGGUAAAAGAAAAAGAAAGAGUCGCUUCUCUGAUGCCACUGCAGAGGAGGUGGAAACGACAAAAGACAUGUUCAAUGAUGUGUAUGGACCUCCAAAUCCAAAGUUUGGCAGUGAUCCGAGACCAGUUAGUGCACCGCUGAGACCUGAAAUCCAUGGAAUACAACAUCCUGACCGCUACACAGAACCACAGGGCGUACUACAUACCGAAAGCUACCAACACGAAGGCUCUGAGUCAACGGGUGUCUUUGAUAUGCUGAAAAACAUCGAAAUCGAAAAUGCAGAAGAGGCUAACUUCCUAAAGAACAAACUUUGUGAGCUGCUGAAAGAAUUUAAGGCCAGGAAAGCAGAGAAAGCUGCGCAAAACAGCCACUCUCGAGCAGUUAUCUCCAACGACUACAACAACUCAAAGCCAGAUCCAGUGCUGUCUCCAAGACCGUAUGAGGCAAUCCCCAAAGCAGAUUCAGAUCUUAGACGACCAGAAGACUUCUACUUUCAAGACGAUCAGAGAGGAAGAAGCUGGAAACAGCAAGAGCAUGUACCGAACGAGCGGCUCCAAGGAUAUCGUGAUCCUGUAUGUGGGGAACCCAGAUACCCAAGCCCAAACUCAAACAGAAGCCGUUAUGAAGAGGUUUUCAGACCCGAAAUGUCUCUGACUCCACAUGCUACCCAUCCAGAUAAGCCAGCACGUUAUCCUGAAAGGUUUCAAGAACCCAUGCAUACUCCCGACUACCGACCUGCUCCUGAGGAGUUUGCUGGCACCCGUUCUUCUGCACCUCCUCUCCACAUGGAACGAGGACCCAGCAUGGACAGGAGUACCCGGUACUCCAGGAACCUGGACAAAAUCACCUCCACCCUCCUGGAACUUGUGUCAAGGAAAUAAUUGUCAGAUUUCCAGAAAUGAAAUUUAAGUUUAAAUAAAUAGUCCAUAAAUAUCCAUACAAUAAAUUGAAUAUUAUUUGGGUUUAAAUUGAAUUUUUCCAUGUUCUUUGUUUUUGAGGUGUUUCCUUUAGACAUUUUUGAAUCAUUAAAAUCCAGUAUGUUUAUGUAAAGAUUAAAACAUUUGUCUACUGCAACUGACAUGUCUUUCAAUUCUUCAUGUUACUGUCAUCACCAGCAGCAAGAAUAGCAAAUCAUUAACUCUGUAGCACAUUUAAUUAAACAUUUUAGACUAUUUACUGCAGGUAGUUGUGCUUAAUAUGGUGAAAUUGUAAAAGUUAAAUGAAAACAUUUUUAAAAUAUCUUUAUUAAAUCUGUCACGUCGGUCCUACCUGGUGUUGUU